AUGUCCCAAAGACCCGGCGCCGGCCCCCAGGGCACCCGCCCUGCCAACUCGGGUCCUCAGGCUGCUCAGAGCAACCCGGCACCGCGACGGCGCGGCCCAGCACCGCCGCAGUUUGUGCUCCAAAUGGAGCCGGACGGACCAUCGGCCAGCCCCAAGAACGCCCGAGACGUCAACCCCGAUGAUCCCCUGCACGAAGCCGUGACAUCCAGCAUCAUGGUCGCGCUGGCGCUGAUGCGGUCCGACAAGGGCAAAUAUAGGCUCCCUACCACGGGUGAGGACGUCUUCAAGUACAAGCUUCCCCAGGUUGUCGAGAAAAGCCUGUCCGGUUGUAUACCAACUAAUCCAUUUCAAAACAAGGCGAUCGAAUCCAUGGCCAGGGCCAAGCAAGGGACUAGCACCCACCACAUCAAGACCUACGACACUUUCGCGUUUGUCCACGGGCUCGAAAUCGCGCGCGGGAUGGUACUCUGCUUUGCUGGCAGCUUGAUGCCGUUCAGCAGGGAUAUUCCCACAAGCCGUGGCCGUGAGCUGGACGAGGCGUGGGAAGACCGGAUGUUUUUUGGGGAGAUCCAUAACGUCAGGGACACCAAGGAUGAGUUUGAAAUAUACCAGGCCGGAUCAGUUUGGACAGAGUUCAAGCUGCCGCUCGUCACGCGGGGCGAGUCUAUACCCCUGAACAAUUUCUGGUCGACUCAGGACGCCAUGUCUGACAUGCGCGCCUGGCUCCGAGACUGGAUCAGGAAGGGAAACAAUGUGAAGCUUUUCGAGUUCCGUCAGCAACAAGCCCCUGGUCCCGCCCGCACUACUGCCGCCACGUCAGCCAGCACCACCCCGUCGAAGCCAGCCGUCCAAAAGGCACAGGCCACCACCACGACCAAGACGACGGCCACGACGAAGGCCACGGCAAGGACCACGGCUACCGCUACUGCUACCGCUGCCGCCACCACCAACACCAAUUCCAAUGCUACCGCACAGCGUCGGAAUGCUGCCAACACGACUGGUAACGGCACGGGCAACGGUGCGGGUAGGGGUGCGGGUAGGGGGAAUGGAAAUGGCAAUGGCACUGGAAAUGGCACUAGAUAG